CUUCCUUUCGUUUGUCUGUCACAAACAGCUGAACUGAAUCAACGUACUUCUCCUCAUUAAUAAUACUUAUAUCAACAAGAGAACUUAUUAAAAAUUUACAGUAUUUUCUGUGUUAAUAAUUAAUUCUAUUGUUAAAAACAGUAACUAAAACUUAGAUAUGUCGGAAGUAGAAGCAGUGCAGAUAAUUGCGGAGUCUCUAAAGGAGCAGGGUGUAGAAUAUGUAUUCGGUAUUAUCGGCAUACCCGUUAUUGAACUGUCGAUGGCUUUUCAAGUUGCUGGCCUUAAGUAUAUUGGCAUGCGUAACGAGCAGUCGGCUUGCUAUGCCGCACAGGCAAUUGGCUUUUUAACUGGCAAACCUGCUGUAUGUCUUGUUGUUUCCGGACCAGGAUUGCUUCAUGUAACCGGUGGUAUGGCUAAUGCGCAAGUCAAUUGUUGGCCGCUGUUGGUUAUUGCUGGUUCGACCAGUCAGGAUCAUGAAGGUAUCGGCGGUUUUCAGGAGUAUCCACAAGUGGAAAUUUCGCGUCCCUACUGCAAGUAUGCGGCUCGCCCACCUACCGCAGCGCUGAUACCAUUACACGUGGAGAAGGCUGUACGUUAUGCGACUUACGGACGUCCGGGUGUCUCUUAUCUUGACUUCCCCGGCAAUUUGUUGCAAUCACGUGUGCAGGAAGAUAAGAUUUACAAAACGCUACCACAACCAGUAGCGCCACUAGUAUAUCCAGCUCAUGACGAUGUUAUAAGAGCCGCCAAUUUGUUGAGAUCGGCAAAGCGUCCACUUGUAAUCAUUGGUAAAGGUGCCGCCUACGGACAUGCCGAAAAUAUUUUACGACAUUUCAUUGAGAACACCAAUCUACCUUUCUUGCCAACACCAAUGGGCAAAGGAGUUGUCUCGGAUACGGCGCCACAAUGUGUCUCCUCUGCGCGCUCAUUGGCAUUGCAAAACGCAGAUGUCGUCUUAUUGUUGGGUGCACGUCUAAAUUGGAUACUGCAUUUUGGCAAGCCGCCACGCUACAAUGCCGAUGUCAAAUUUAUACAAGUGGACAUUUGCCCCGAAGAAUUGCAUAAUUCCGUGCAAGCCGCUAUCGCCAUACAAUCGGACAUUAAGCCAUUUGCUGAGCAAAUUUUCGAGCAAAUGAACGCUGUCAAUUUCGAGUUCCCAAGUGAGAACCCCUGGUGGGAGGAGUUAACCAACAAAUGCAAACAUAAUCGUGAGCAAGUGCGUAGCAUGGCAAUGGAUACUACCGCGCCGCUCAACUACUAUACCGUUUUUCACCAUCUACGCGAGUUGAUACCACGCGAUGCGAUUAUUGUCAGCGAGGGCGCCAACACCAUGGAUAUUGGACGUUCGAUGCUUUUCAACAUACUGCCACGUCAUCGUUUGGAUGCUGGCACUUUCGGCACAAUGGGUGUGGGACCCGGUUUCGCCAUUGCAGCCGCGCUCUAUUGUCGCGAUCGUUACCCGGGCAAGCGUGUUAUAUGCGUGGAAGGUGAUAGCGCUUUUGGAUUUUCCGGCAUGGAAUUGGAAACCAUGGUGCGCUAUAAGCUGCCAAUUACUAUUGUUAUUGUGAAUAACAACGGUAUAUAUGGUGGUUUCGAUCAGGAAACAUUCGAUGCCAUAAGAAAUGGUGGCGAUUUGUCGCAAGUCACACCACCAUCCGCUUUGGGCGUACAAGUGCACUAUGAGGAAAUGAUGAAAAUGUUCGGCCUGAACGGUUACUUCUGCAAGGAGAUACCAGAACUACAAGCCGCGCUGAAGGAUGCGCAAAAGCUCACGGAUAAGCCAACCAUCAUCAAUGUCGCAAUUAAUCCCUCAUCGGACCGCAAGCCACAGACUUUCAACUGGUUGACUGAGUCGAAAUUGUAAUUUGUAGUUUGUGUAAAUGCGUUUUGCCCGUAUAUUAGUUCGAUCAGCGACUUGUACUGCACAAUUGCUUUCAUAACGCACUAUAUAUAUAUAAAUUUUUUUUUUAAAGAGCAUUGUUACCAAAAGUCGUGUAAAUUAACGAGUUUUAAAGUGACAUAAUUUCGUGUAAUUGCUAAUCACAGGAAUGUAAUUCCUUUUUGUUUAAGAAAAAUCCGUUUUAUAUAUUAUAUUUGUGUGUGUAUACUUGUAGUAAUGUGAAAAUAUUGGUUGUGGUCACUGUGGUAACAAUGCUCAAGUAUUGCAUUUUAUAGUAAAGUUAAAAGUUUUUCUUUUUUCGCGCACAUUCCAACUCUUUAAACAACACUUCGGUGUGCUCUUAAUGUAUGUUUCUUAAUAUGAAUUUGUCUUUUUAUGUACGCUAUGGCUUUAAGUGAAAAUCACAUGAAAUUUUUGAAAAACUGUUUUUGGCAGAAUUUAUGAAUUUAUAUACAUACAUAUUUAUAUGCUUAUUAAACUUUAUAUAAACGCUUUGAAACAGCAAUUUUAUUUAAUUUAAUUUACUUGAAUAUUCUGCGCAAUAUUCGUGUCUAUAUGUAUGCGCACACAAUAAGCAGUGAUACGAUAUUUUUAAAGAAGCUUUUAUAUAGUAUUUUCGUUGAAGUUAUGUUCAAAAGGAUUUAUUUGUAACGAGAAGCGUUUAUUUGAUUUAUUUUUUGUGGUGGUGUAAGUGUGAGACAGUUUAAAAUAAAAAUGUAUUGACAGAAAA